GCUGUCUUCCACUGUGAAUCUGCUGUAGUUCACAUUCCCUUGGGAUGGAUCAUCUUUGGGGAGGAGGGGUGGUGGUGGUGAUGGUAUAUAUAACUCUCAACCAAAGAGGGAGAGAGAAAACAGAAGGAAUCGGAAGGGGAAGAAGGAAGGUUCUCUGUCUGUAGACCCCGGAGCACGUUGAACAUGGGCUACCUGUCAGUCGGAAUGCUGCUGUCGGCUGUGGUGUGCUCCCUGUCUGCUGUGAUUGACAGGCACAGAGUCAUUAAAGCCACGAAUUACCUGGAGCAGUUUGGCUACCUGCAGCCGUCACUGGAUCAGCGAGCGAAAGGGUAUCGGGAGGAGGAGAUUUCCGGUGCUCUCAGGGUCUUCCAGAAGGUGACUGACCUGCUUGUGACCGGAAAGGUUGACGAGGCCACCUUGGCAAUGAUGAGACAGCCUCGUUGUGGCGUAGAGGACCCGUUCAACCAAAAAGCCCUCAAAUAUCGAGUGAUGGGCUACUGGCGCACAAAGAACCUGUCCUACCGCAUCUAUAACUACAGCCCUGACAUGGGUCAGGCCAAAACCCGCUUGGCCAUUCGUUCAGCCUUCAAGUACUGGAGUGACGUGUCCCCUCUGACCUUCCGGGAAGUUUCUGGAGGGCGGGCGGACAUCAAGAUCUCUUUCCAUAAGAGAGAUGGGUCUUGCCCCAUCCCAUUUGAUGGGCGAGGUCACAUUCUGGCCCAUGCAGAUGCCCCAGAGUCAGGCUUGGUGCAUUUUGAUGGGGCUGAGUACUGGACUGAAGGAACGCACUACGGGACAAACCUGCGCAUCGUUGCGGCGCACGAGAUCGGCCACGCCCUGGGGCUGGGCCACUCUCAGUACAGCAGCGCUGUCAUGGGGCCGGUCUACCACGGAUACCGUGCCGACUUCCGCCUGCAUCCCGACGACCUGCGAGGGAUACAAGCUCUGUACGGCAAGCCAAAGGCCAGUGCACCAAACCUAGUCCCCCCAGUCGCAGCCCCCUCGGCCGGGAAAGGGGACAAAAAGAUUGACCCCUGCAGUGCCACGCUGGAUGCCGUCAUGCUUGGUCCUUCCAGGAAGACAUAUGCCUUCAGCGACCAGUAUGUGUGGACGGUGUCUGACAAGGGCUACACAAAACCAAUCAGGAUCAGUCUGCUGUGGAAGGACCUAACAGGGAAUCUCGACGCCGCUGUGUACUCCCCAAGAACUGGCAAGACCUACUUUGUAAAAGGGGACAAAUUGUGGAGGCAUACAGGUUACCGUCUGGACCCCGGCUACCCUAAACCAAUCCUCAUUCCCCCCAACGUUGAUGCAGCUCUCUACUUUGAGCCCAACAAAAAAUUGCUGUUCUUUAAGGGCUCUAGUUACUGGCAGUGGGACGAGCUCUCGUCUGCCACUUUCGACACGCGCCCUAAACCCACCAGCGAGCUCUUCUCUGGAGUGCCCUCCUCCCCGGAUGCAGCCCUCACCUGGACCAACAGCAACAUCUACUUCUUCAAGGGAGACAAGUACUGGCGCAUGAACAAAGAGCUGAAAGUGGAGUCUGGGUACCCGCUGAGUAUGACAGAGCACUGGUUGCACUGUGACUAGAGCACCACUAGAGGGCGACGUCUGGAGGGCCUUCCAGCUUCAGGGCACAUUCCACGCAUAUACUUCAUAUGAAGGCGUCAGUUGGACUGAGGACAGGAAGUGCACGAUUGCACACAUCUGGAACACCAUUGUGCUUUUGACACCAUGGUACACCCCAAGACAUAAAUGUUAGAGAACUUACAAUUAAAAUGUGCAGUUAUUCUCAAGGUAGAGUUGUGGCUGCCUGUAGCCUCAGGAUCAAAGAUCCACAGAUGCUGAAACACUGCCCCCUACCUACUCCCAGAUAUUACUGCAGUCCUGGGUUUAGCACCCAAAGGAAACAUACCAACAUCAACAUGAAUGAAUGUGCAGGGCUGUGCAUGUGUAUUCUGAUAAAAUUAAUUCAUACAGUUUCCUUGUAUAUACAUAACUGGUAAUAUCACUAUUACUUUCAAGCAAUAACAAUACAAACAAAUGAAAUGUACAUUCAGAAUCACAGUCAUUCUGUAAAAUUCCUUAAAUUUGCAUCCUGUGACAAUAGAAAACACCAAUAAAAUGUUUUUAAUCAA